UCCCCAGUUGGACGACCUCUGAUUUGCGAACAGGCUCACUAGAUUUUCUCCGCCUCAUUCCAUGGACAUCAGCCGUCGUUCGAUUCUGCGGACGAAGGAAAUUCUUCCCAGCCCAACCCACAGCCGAGAUUUGAGAAGAAACGGUGCAGAAUCCAUGGAGCUCGUGGGGAGUGAGGGAUUGCGAGAUUGAGCGAUGGGGGAAGCGGGGAUGAGGACGCCGGAAUGCGCACCCAAGCUGCGGUGGGAGGUGAAACCGUCGAACUGGCAAGCGGAGAGGCAGCGAUGGCACGAGCAGCACGUUGAGAAGCAGGAGUCGCCGUUAGUGAGGAGUCGGCACAGUAGCCACGGAAACGUGCGCAGUGACAAGCAGCCGCAUGUGAAGAAAGCGUCGAUUUCUGAGCGAGAGCGGAUGCGCAAGGCUGGCGACCUUGUGGAACCGCAGAUCAACUCGUUCGACUUGCAGCCGCCCGUGGCGCACCGGGCCAAUUCGACGGUCACGUUCUCCGAGCGCCAGCGGCGCAAGAAGCGCGCGGGGUAUGGGUUCAAUGGGUUUUUCCUCACAGAGAACGAGUGCUAUGAUUCGCUGGAUCAGCUCUUUCCGGGUGCAAGGGCGGACUACGCUCCCCCUGAUUGGACUGCGUCGCGGCGACCUCCACAGUCGCUAUUCGACUCGUGGAACUCGGGGUUUCGGCAGUUUAUGGAGGAGAAGGGUUGGGGCAAUGGCAAGCCGGAGUUGAAAUCCGGUGGAAAGAGUCAGAGGAAGAAUGGGGAGGAUGGGGAGUAUGGUGAGUAUGGUAGGUUUUUGGAUAUGGAAGAUGCUGCUGAGAAACCGAGUGUAACGAGCGGUGUGGCCCAAGUUCCGAUCCAUGAGUUGGAGUCGGACAAGAAGCACUUCGAACUGGAAUUGGAGGAUGAGGUUGGGCCGGAGAGGAAGAAGAAGGUGAGGAGGCAUCGAUUUAGGUUGAAAUUGGGUCCGAAUGGACGACGACUUCUGAGCGGUGCGAUUGCGGGGGCGUUCUCGCGCACUGCUGUGGCUCCCCUUGAGACAAUCAGGACCCACUUGAUGGUGGGGAGCCGUGGCCAUUCAGUCUCCGAGGUCUUCGGUUGGAUUGUUUCGAAUGAAGGUUGGCAAGGGUUGUUUCGAGGCAACGCUAUCAAUGUACUCCGAGUGGCACCCAGCAAGGCUAUUGAACUUUUUGCUUUUGAUAAAGUGAAGGGAUUCUUAAAUUCAAUCGAAAACAAGCCUGGAAUUUUAGCAACAUUGCCAGUGUCACCUAUUGCAGGGUCGUGUGCAGGAAUUUCUUCCACAUUGGUCAUGUAUCCUCUCGAGCUUUUGAAAACUCGUCUGACCAUACAGCCGGAUGAAUACCGAGGCAUUCUACAUGCUUUAUAUAGGAUCGUUACUGAAGAAGGGUUUUUGGAGCUGUACCGGGGUCUGGCUCCAAGUAUUAUUGGAGUGAUACCCUAUGCGGGAGUCAACUACUUCGCUUAUGAUUCCUUGCGAUCUAUGUAUAAGCGUCUAAGCAAAGAAGAAAGGAUUGGUAAUAUCCAGACCUUACUCAUCGGCUCACUGGCAGGAGCUAUAGCGAGUUCAAGUACAUUUCCAUUGGAGGUAGCACGUAAGCAAAUGCAGGUUGGAGCGAUAAAAGGAAGGGUUGUGUAUUCCAGCACACUGGAUGCCUUGCGGGGUAUUGUCAAGGAGCGUGGCAUCAGUGGUCUGUACAGAGGCUUAGGUCCCAGCUGCUUAAAGUUGGUGCCUGCAGCUGGUCUGUCGUUCAUGUGCUACGAAGCACUGAAGAGAAUUUUAUUAGAAGAAGAAGAAGCUGAUUCAUAAUGUGUACACUGUUCCUGACAAAGCUAUCCGAUUUUUUGUGAAGUGUCACUUGUAAAUUGCUGAACCUAAAGUGGAGUAAGCAUGUGAAUGCUUGCGUGGGUGAGUUAUUGCCACAGCCAUCGUCGCAAUGGGAAGGAAUACCUUCAAGAGGAUUCCGUGAUGUGCGCAUUGGCUUUUGAAUCGUGAGGUUCGGUGUGCAAGAGCAUUCUGAUUAGUUUGAAGGAGAAGAAAUUGGGGUCCAUGUAGAGGGAUCAGCAGUUUUGGCACUUCGCUUCUGGCAUGUUUCGAGAGCCUGUAUCUCAGUCUUGUGCAUGCAAGAAUGUUCAUAUAUCCUGUAGAUCUUAAUAUAAUGAGUUUUUAAUGCCAUGUUAAUUCAUGGAAUGGAGAAUGGCGUACUUUCUUUACAA